ACCAUGUCGUUCUCUGAAGCAGAGGUGCAAAGUGCCCGUGGUGCCUGGGAGAAGAUAUAUGUGGAUGCUGAGGACAACGGGACAACUGUGCUGGUCAGGAUGUUUACCGAGCACCCAGACACCAAGUCCUACUUCACACACUUCAAAGGCAUGGACUCCGCCGAAGAGAUGAAACAGUCGGAUCAGAUCAGGGGCCACGGCAAGAGGGUUUUCACCGCCAUCAAUGACAUGGUGCAACACCUGGACAACUCCGAAGCUUUUCUUGGGAUAGUGAACCCACUUGGCAAGAAACACGCCACCCAGCUGAAAAUCGACCCCAAAAACUUUAGGAUUAUCUGUGACAUUAUCUUGCAACUGAUGGAGGAGAAAUUUGGAGGAGACUGCAAAGCUUCCUUUGAGAAGGUGACCAAUGAAAUCUGCACUCACCUGAACAACGUCUACAAAGAGGCAGGUUGGUGAGGAUGUGCAACCUCCAGGCUCUUCAAACGUUUUGCCAGCACUGAUUUGCUGCUUUUGGGCCUCCAGUCACAGAUGGAAGAAUGAAAAA